AUGAGUGAAGAUAAUAAACCAACAUCAAGAAUAUCAAGUGUAAAGAAAAAACUACAAUCAGCAGGAUUAACAGAUCAGCCAAGUGGCACCCAAAGAGUUUCAAGUAUUGUAGCAAAGUCUAAAGAUCCAUCAAGUUUAACAAAUUCAACUAGUGGUUCAUUACUUAGAAAGAAAUUAACAAAUACAAUUGCAAGUAGUGGUUCAACAAUCGCAAAUAGUCUAAAGCAAACUGAUGAUGAAAUUAAAAAAACAAGAAGAAAAUCAUUUGGUGAACAAAAAGAAAAAGAAACUUCUCCAACAAUAACUACAACCACUAUUAAUACCACAAGUAAAUUAAAACCAAAAUCAACUUUAACUUCAUCUACUAUCGGUAAACCAUCAUCAUCAUCAUCAUCAUCAUUAUCAAAUAGUAAACUUUCAAUUACCCCAUCAUCUACAACUUCCAAAUUAACUAAAUCAACAACAGCAGCUGAUCAAAAAGAGAAAGUAGUAACUAAAAAAACAUCAAGUGAAGAAAAAUCAACAGCAUCAACUUCAACUAUAUUACCACCAGCACCAUCACUUUUAUCAUCAGUUAUAUAUACUAAACCAUUAAAAGAUAGUGAUGAUAAUAAAAAAGAAACAACAGCUACCACAACCACCACAACUACAAAUACCACCUCUACACCAACAACACCAAGUAUAAAUAAAGUUGUUAAAAGUUUAAAACGUAAAUCAAUUGAAUCUGGUAAUAUUUUCCAAUUUGACCAAGCUAAAGAAGAAGCAGUUGCAGCAAUUAUAAAUACUGAAACUCAAAUUAGUAAGGAUAAAUCAGAAAAGGAUAUCACCAAAAAGAAACAAAGAGUUACAAUCAAUAGUGAUGAGGAGGAUGAUCAAGAAGAGUUUGAAGAGUCAGGUUUAAAGAAAAAGAAAUCAAGUAAAUCCGGUGAAAAGAAGAAGAAAUCCUCAUCUAAAAAAUCAAAAUCUACCGAAGAUGAAGCCGAUAUGAAUGAAGAGGGUAAUGAAGAAAAGAAAAAGAAGAAAAAGAAAAGAGUUUCAACUAUUAUAUCAACAUCCACAACUGGUACUGAAGAAGUAGAAUCACUUUUCGAUGGUUCUUCAAGUGUUAUCGGAACUACAUCAAACGUUGCAACUAAAAAAUCAAAAUCAUAUCCAAAAACUCCACUUCCAAAUAAAAUUAAAUCAUAUGAUGAAAUUAUGGAGGAACAUGAUGAAGAAAUUGCACAACAACCACAACAACCAAUUCAAACCAAUAACAGCAUUAAUACCGCCACUAUCACCAACCAACCACAAUAUUAUCAACCACCAACUAAAACACCAUCAUACUUUAACGAUAAAUUUUCAAAUAGCUCAAAUAGAAAUAAAAAUGUUUACUAUACACCAAAAAGUGCACCAGCCACACCAAAUACCACAUCACAAUCCAUUCAUAACUAUCCAGAAAGUCCAUCUCCAGCAGCAGUAGCUAAUGGAUUCGAAUAUUCCGAUUCACCAAUUACCAUUCCAAAUAUUUCAAAUAUUUCAUUUAAUAGUGACCGUGACAUUUCAUUCCAAACCGAUGAACAAUUUUUAAACGCCGAAGCUGACGAAGACUACGAUUCCAAAAAACAACUUAAAUUUGCACAAAAACAAGAAAAGAUGAAAAUUAUUUCAAAUUCAAAAUUGGGCGAAUCAAAGCUAAGAUAUGUUUUACUUGUCAUUUCCUUUGCAACAUGGUUCUAUUUAUUAUUCCUUUUAUUUUCUUUUUUUUAUCAUUUUAACGAUCCAAUUUUCUGUGAUACCGGUGUAAUUCCAAAGAAAUUUGGGGAUAAAUUAAGUUGUAUUCCAUGUCCAGAUAAAGGUAUUUGUAUGAAUGGUUUAUUUGAUUCAUGUAUCGAUGGAUAUGUACCAAGAGAUAAUGAAUGUAUUUUAAAUCCAAAUAAAGUAGAAUCAUUAGUAUCAACCAUCAGUCAAAUUGAUUUAAUUCUUCGUGACAGAAGAGGUCUCUAUGAAUGUGGCUCCAAAGAUACUUUCCAUAUGACUGCUGACGAAUUAAUGAAAGAAAUUACUAAAAGAAAUUGGUUCUCUAAAAAUAAAGCUAUUGAAUCAUUCAACACUAUUCUUGACUUUGUCGAUAAUAGAAGGGAUUCCGAAGAAAUUGGAUUAGAUUCAAAAUUAUUAUCACCAAUUAGUGUAACAUUCGAAGAUGAACAAUUUAAAUAUUAUACAAAUAAUCAAGGUAUUAGACCAUUAUGGUGUCAAACAAUGUUUUUCUUUAAAAACUUAAUUAAAUCAAACUUACAUUAUAUUGGUAUUGUUAUUAUUGGUAUUUUAACAUUUAAAGGUUAUCAAUACAAUAAUAAAAAGAAACAAGAAGAAUUAUUAGCUAUCGAUUUUUAUACAAAGAAAGCCAUUAGAGUACUUCAAGAGCGUAAAGAAUUUGAAGAAUCAUAUGUUUCAGAGUUGUUUUUAAAGGAUGAGGUUGUUGGAACUACCGACGAUAAGAAGUUAAAUAGAAUUUGGACCAAAGUUUUAGAAAAGCUCGAAUCAAAUGUUAAAAUUUUAAAUACUGUUAGAUACAUCCACGGUGAAUCAAGACCAACUUUUGAAUGGGCCGAUAAUAAAACUCCAAGAAAAUCAAUUCAAUCUCCAAUCGAAUUUGACCAUGACGAAAAAUCAAAAGAUUUUGGUUAUGAACAACCAUCAUUUGAUGAUUCAUUUAAUUAA